GUUUGGCACUAUACUAGUUUAUCCUUCAUCACCUGUUCUCACUUGACACAUUUGCGGCUAAAGUACAAGGGAACGAGACAAACUGUGUGAUUUGUUACAAAAAAAGUGGUUAGAUACAGCAUACCUAAACUUAAAUCCGCCAGGAAACGCUCGAAGUAAAGGUUUAUUAUUUCAUUUUAGUUACACUUUAUCUUUUACUAUGUUAAAACAGUCGAAUGAUUCUUAUUUAAAAUGUUUACAUCCACCUCCUAGCAUAGCCUUCAAAGAAGGAAACGGAUUGGUCUAAAUACUUUUGACUCUUCUCUGAUUGGUCCACCCGCCGCCUCCUGGCUCCUGCUGCACCUGUCGCGCGACCUGGAGAAAGUUUGUUUGGCAGCCGUUGGGAAGUUUAGCAGAGUGGGCUGGUCCAUUGUUCAGUCCAAGAGGAGGGGGGGUAGGAUAAUCGAAUCCGGAACAUUCAGGAAGGAAACAAAAAGCUGUCAGACAGGUCUCCACCUUUCUGAGGAAAGGAAUGGCAUGCUCCAGGAACUCUAUCCUCCUCGAGCCGCUCAAAGAAAACUUAAAAACUUCAGUUAUAAACUGAGGAAAAAUGUCAACUUUAGCAUAGAAAAACGGUAACAGCCGGGUCAUAGCUUAUUAAAAAAUGGCGUCAGAGGUAAAUUUAAACGGGGAUGAACUUUUGGAAGUUGACAUAUGCGACGGUGGCGUGUGCUCAGAGGAAGAGAGCGGCGUUUUUGUCAACUCUGUCACCUCCCUUCAGGAUGAUUUCUCUGGCUUUCAUCAGUGGACGAUCCCCGCCGAGUCCCCGAAUGACACAUCAUCACCUCUGGCACAGCGGCAGCUCGGCACCGACACUGCCGCCCAAAGGACCGACACAGCCGCGGACAGCAGUGACUCUGAGUCGCAUGAAGGUGGAGGGAGAGGUCCCAAGACCUCCAUAGUGGACUGUCUGCUGGUGGAGCUGUAUGAGACGUACAGUGGAGGAAGCAGGAGGAAUGUGGACAGCUGGGACAGCUCUACCGAGGCGUCCGGGUCUGAUGCCUUCCUGGGCCGCAGUAACUCUGGGUCCAGCUUCCUCCUGGAGCUCCAGCAGAAACACACCAGAAGGCAUCAGAUGAACUACCUGGCCCAGAAAGCCCCAAAGGAGCUGCAGUCGAUCAUCCAGGAGGUCAGGUACCGCAUCGGCCUGCAGUCGGCCAAGCUGCUCCGCCAGCUGAAGAGACGAGACCGUCUGUGUCACAAGCUGCAGAAAAACUACGACAUCAUCACGGCAUGUCUUCAGGCAGUGUCACAAAAACGACGAGUUGACACAAGGUUGAAGUUCACCAUCGAACCAUCGCUAGGAAAGAAUGGAUUCCAGCAGUGGUACGAUGCUCUCAAAGCAGUGGCCAGACUUCCGACAGGGAUCCCAAAGGAAUGGAGGAAGAGGGUUUGGCUGACUCUAGCAGACCAGUACCUUCACAGUAUCUCCAUCGACUGGGACAAGACGCUUCGUUUUGCCUUUAACGAGCGAAGUAACCCAGACGAUGACUCCCUCGGUAUCCAAAUUGUCAAGGACCUGCACAGGACAGGCUGCAGUUCUUACUGUGGCCAGGAGGGGGAGAUGGACAGGGUGGUGCUGAAAAGGGUGCUGCUGGCUUACGCCCGCUGGAAUAAAACUGUUGGAUACUGCCAAGGAUUCAAUGUGCUGGCUGCUCUGAUACUUGAAGUUACUGAGGGAAAUGAGAGUGAUGCACUUAAGGUGAUGAUCUAUCUGAUUGACAAAGUGCUACCAGAAAAUUAUUUUGCCAACAACCUGCGAGCUUUAUCAGUGGACAUGGCGGUGUUCAGAGACCUGCUGCGUCUGAAGCUGCCCCGACUGUCCCAACAUCUCCAUCAUCUCCAGAAAGCUGCCAACAGAGAGGCUGGAGGCAGCUACGAGCCCCCGCUGACCAACGUCUUCACCAUGCAGUGGUUCCUCACCAUGUUCGCCACCUGUCUGCCAGCGCCCACCGUUCUGAAGAUCUGGGACUCGGUGUUCUUCGAGGGUUCAGAGGUGCUGUUCAGGGUUGCCCUCGCCAUCUGGGAGAGACUGGGAGAGAGGAUCGAGUAUUGUCAGACAGCGGAUGAGUUUUACAGCACCAUGGGUGUUCUCACUCAGGAGAUGCUGGAGCACAACCUCAUCGAUCCCACUGAACUCAUGCAGGAGGUUUACUCCAUAGCGGUGUUUCCUUUCCCUCAGCUGGCUGAGCUGAGAGAGAAGUACACGUACAACAUCACCCCUUUCCCUACCUCAGUCAAAUCCAAUGGAAGUGGUGGUCUGGGUAGCUGGGAGAGCGACGACGAUGCCGACAUGGACGACGAAGACUCUGUGGUGACGGCGCUUGGCUGCCUGGGUCCCCUGGGUGGCCUGCUGGCCCCUGAGCUGCAGAGAUACCAAAAACAUCUCAAAGACCAGCGAGCAGAGCAAGGGAACAUAGCAGAGCUGAGCCCAGGAGCGGUGGGAGCAGGAGGCGGAGGAGGUGGAGGAGUUGGAGGAGCCAGAGCGGAGCAUCAGGCUGCGAUCAACAGCAUGAUGAUGGAGCGGAUGAGCACCGACAUCUACGCCCUGAAGAAGCAAUACGCACGCAUCAAGAGGCGGCAGCAGCAACAGGCUAUGCAACUCUACAUACGCACAGGACCUGAAACUGAAGUGACCACCAGUCCCGGGGUUCCAAAGGAGCAACCAGACAAGCUCAACGACAACAGUGACGACAAGUGCCCUGCCACCCGAGUCCUGCCCUCCCAGCUCAACCCGUCCAGCACAGUAAUCAACCACCUCCUUCUGGGUCGAAAACCACGCAGAGGAAGCUCAAGACUUGCAUCCACCAGCCCGUCAACACCUGGGUCUCGCCCUGCCUCUCUGUCCCAGAAUCAGGGCUCUCCAUCCAGGCAGUCGACUCCUUAUAACAGCACUGGAUCUCCUUGCAGCUCUGGAGGAGGCGUUGGGUCACCUUGGCGUGCUCAUGUCCGGGUACACCGUAGGAAUAUCGCCAGGGCCCGAGCACAGUUAGGGUUUGGAGAUUCAGAGGAAAGGGAAGAUGAGGAGAUUAAUGGAGGAUUGGAGGAUGAAGAGGGGAGGAAGAUGAAGGAAAACGAGAAUGCUGAGGAGCAGAAAUGUGAAAGUGACUCUUCUGGAACUGUGUCGAGAUGUGAAGAGGUGCUGCAGGUUGAUGAUGAGAUAAAAGACGCAGAAGUUGCUGAGGUAGUUGUGCAACUGGACUCCAUGAAUCUCCAAGACCAAUCAAAUCUGACCUCCGACAACAACGCAGAUACACAACCCACUCUACCUGAGUCUAAACCUGAGCCCCAAGUCCCUCUUCUUCCUCCUCCGCCUUCGUCAAACCGCCGCAAAGAUUCGGAUUCUUCAGGUUCUGAAAGAAACACCACCUCUGACAGACACUUCACCGACAUUGCUUUACCUCCACCUAACCACUCCCUUCACAUCCCAUCGUCUUCGCCUUCCACCAUGAGUCCGUCCACCUCUCCGGUCCCUACAUCGACUUCCUUGGAAUUGUCUGGUUCUUCCUCUCCAACACCACCGCCCACUCCAACACCAAGCUCCACAUCUUGCUUCCCAUCAUCCCCUUCAGCCAACGACCUCUCCUCCCUUCCUCCUCCAUCAUCUUCCUUUUACAAAACGCCCUCUCCUUCAACUCCCUCACUUUCCUCCAUCUCAUCAUCUGGAUCGCAUAUAUCCUCCUCCCCUUCGACCCCAGCGUUUCAAUCCAAUAGCACCGGCGCUCCGAAACAGCAGAUCUUUUCCCCAUUCCCGUGUGUGAAGCAGCCAAGGAAGUCAGCAGCAGCGAGGAAUCUUGGUCUAUAUGGCCCGACGUCUAGAACGCCCAUGGUUAAUUUCCCUCAGAUAAGCCGCAACCUUAACCGUAGUAGCGGUGCUGGAACCACUGGGAGGAGAUAAACAACUCUGCCCUCCUGAAUGGACAUUAGAACCACGUAUUAAAUGAAAUGUCAUUCUCUAACGACACCAUGUUGCCUCCUUCAUAUCAAGAAAAUAACAUAUCUAUGUAAAGUUCAGAUUGCUUGAUUAUUGGAGUUGAAAGGAGAAGACUGUGGUUCAGCCUAGAAGUCUAAACCAUCACAGAUUGACAUUCAAGAAGUGAUUAGAUGUGAAGGACAUGAAUUCUUGUAGUGUUUCAACUGCAUCGGUACUGUACUGCCAAAGUAACACAGGACUGUAACAGUAUCUAGCCCUUUACAGUGGCCUAUGCAGGUCCUUCUUGACCAUAAAGGACUCAUAAUACAACAAAAGUCCAAUAAGUUACAUUACAUUCAUGUUGUCUUUUAAAUAUGGACAUUGACCUAGAAUUCUCCAUAGACUGAACAUGAGGAAACUGUCCUGGACAACUGCUUCCCUCUGGACCAUGUGUAUAAACAUGAUAAACUGACUUUCCCUAUGAGAUUACUCAAUAGCCAUCCUGUUGUUCCUAUGCCAAGUAUUUAAGAAGAAUAAAAUAAACAUUACAUACCUACUGUAAAUGAAGGAUCACAAAACUUCGUGUGUGCCCAAAAUACUGCUGAUGUCCUAAAGCACUCAACAUUUUUGUCCCAUAAAAUGAUAAAACCACUCUGUAUGUGUAUGUUCUGUCUGUAACUUGACUGUUGCACACAAGGAAUGUAAUAUCUUUAUUAAUCAUGAAGUAAGUGUGAAUGAGAAAGCUAUUCUUCAGACAGAAUUAUUUGACCAUUGGUGUGUGAAUACUGUCUCGAUGCAAUGUGGAAAAUAUAAAUAUAAAGGAGUUUCCUUUACAUUUAUUAAAAUAAACCUGCA